CUAAUGCUUUUAAGCCAAGGACCACUAUCCAUCUGACAGUUAGUAUGUUAUCAUUAAGGAGAAGGAUCUGGUUUUAUUUUUUCACAAAGUUUUUUAGUGAUAAAGACAUCUGAGCCAAAUUUGAAAGCCAUAUAUCACAAGUUAAUAUUUGCCUUUAUUCCUUAAGAUCAAGUUUAUUAUUUUGAUCAAUUAUCUUUCAAGAAGAAAUGCAUAUCCAUAAUUGUUUUAAUUGUUUUGAUAUAAAGAAUAGAAAUAUGAAUGUGUAGUUGCAGGGACAAGAAGGGACAGUGAAUCUUUGCUUGUAAGGGGAGAGAUGGAAGAUGGAGAGUGGACAAUGGUGCAAAAGAGUGGGAACCAAUUUAUGGUGAAUGGCCAACCUUUUUAUGUGAAUGGAUUCAAUACUUACUGGUUAAUGGUGUUUGCUGCUGAUCAGUCCACAAGGGGAAAAGUUACUGAGACCUUUCAGCAGGCGUCUGCUGUCGGUCUAUCAGUAUGCCGGACUUGGGCAUUUAACGAUGGCCAGUGGCGAGCUCUUCAGAAAACUCCUGCUGUUUAUGACGAAGACGUUUUCAAGGCUUUGGAUUUUGUGGUGAGUGAAGCCAAGAAAUACAAGAUCAGACUGAUACUAUCACUAGUCAACAACUGGGAAGCGUAUGGUGGAAAAUCCCAGUAUGUAAAAUGGGGUAAAGCUGCUGGCCUGAAUUUAACUUCUGAUGAUGAUUUCUUUAGUCAUCCCACACUCAAAAGCUACUACAAGGCUCAUGUGAAGGCUGUGCUCAAUAGAGUGAAUACCUUUACCAACAUAACAUACAAAAACGAUCCUACUAUUUUCGGGUGGGAACUGAUGAACGAACCACGUUGUGAAUCAGAUCCUUCUGGGGAUAAACUGCAGGCUUGGAUAGAAGAAAUGGCAGUCUAUGUGAAGAGUAUUGAUCCGAAGCAUUUAGUGGAGAUCGGACUCGAAGGUUUCUAUGGUCUCUCAACUCCUAAUAGGGCUCAAGUCAACCCCAAUUCUUAUGCUCAACAAGUUGGAACUGACUUCAUUAGAAAUCAUCAGGUUCUUGGAGUUGAUUUUGCUUCAGUUCACAUAUAUCCAGACUCUUGGAUUUCACAAUCGAUUUCUGAUGCUCAUGUCGAAUUCACCAAGUCAUGGAUGCAAAACCACAUUGAUGAUGCAGAGAACUAUCUCAACAUGCCAGUCGUAUUUGCAGAGUUUGGUGUUUCCGCGAAAGACCCUGGCUACAAUUCAACUUACAGGGACACACUAAUCGGUACAGUGUACAAAACAAUCUUGAAUUCGACUAAAAAAGGAGGGGCUGGAGGUGGAAGUCUUUUGUGGCAAGUUUUUCCAGAAGGAACAGAUUACAUGGAUGAUGGUUAUGCAAUAGUACUUUCAAAGUCACUCUCAACGUCGAACAUCGUCUCUCUUCAUUCUAAGAAGCUAAAUACCUUCAAUUCCUUCUGUUCUUGGAAAUGCCAUUGGGGUUGCAGAAAGAAACAUGUCCUACUAGACGACUUCCAAUCUCGUGAUGAGCUUUAACAUGUUUGUGUAAGAAGAUAUGCCAUUUGAAUCAUGAGAUGUUUGCACCAGCUGUAAAAGAUUACUACAUAUAUGUAUCUUAAUGUGGAACAUAAAUCAAGUUUGUCUUAUAAGAAACAACUAUAAGCCAGAUUAUGUGAAUAAGGAAUUUGUAAAGUGUAUUUGUAAAGUUCAUAGCUGCAUUUGUUGCUGAUUUACGUCGUUAUACAAAAGCUAUCGCCAUGCCCUUGGA